AUGGAACAUCAUGAGAGCGAACAACAGGCGCCUUCUGAACCUCGUCUCAAGCUGCCACAUCAUGAUCGGCCUGGCAUUGUCGACAAGGAAGUCUCAGAGAAGCCUCCCACCUUGAGCCAAAGUCACGCACAGCCGCGCCGAAAGAGUGUGAUAUCACCGCCUCCACUGAAGCGUCAACGUACAACAUCCGGCAAGCCCAACUCAACGAUUCGAAAGGCAGGUCUUUCGACUGACCCUAGCGCAGUCACGCACAGCUUUAGUGAACACGUUGUAGCCACCUCGACUGCGCAAAGCACCCGGAACGCGGGCAUAAUACCGGUCUCCAAAUCGUUCCCAGCACCAACUGUUCCUCAACCAGAUGUCAUUCCUGAAAAGCGUGUGGAGCCUGAGAUCGCCCUAACCACUCCGAGUGCUGCCAUGUCUGUCAACCUGAAUAAACCCAAGGAUGUUGUGGGCACGUCUCAGCCACUUGAGCUAAAGCUGCUCGAGCGUACAGAGAUUCCGAACACACCAUCACAACGGUCGAGCCAGUUUGACAGUUCUAUACCCGAGCAUUCGUUAGAAAAACUCCCUAACGCCCGUGUGUCCCAACAGGACACUUCUACUCAAGAUGAUGAGGAUGCAUUGGCCCUCGAUGAUCUGAGCCACACCCAAAACCAGGUCCCCUUCACAGCUCUUUGCUCGGGCUGUCGAAAACAGACCGCAUUAGUCAAGGCCAGAGAGAAAGAUGCUCAGUGCUCCAUGCCCUGGUUCGACCCGGAUCAGGCAAAGAUCCUGCCGGUCAUAGGGAAGGUUCGUGAUAAUGCUCUGCCUGGCUUAUCCUCCGCAGAUACCCCAGCUCCAGAUGCCUUGAUCACGUCACAAACAAACUCCCAUGAGCAGAGUGCGCCGAUAGAAGUAACGUCGAUUGCUGAAACUCUUGGCCAGAAGACUAUGUCAAGGCGCAACGAAAUAAACCCGGAAAGUCCAUUGUCCAACAGCGCUUCAGUACCACAGGUCAAUGAGCCGCGAGAGCGCUCUGUCCAAGCCGCUGAGACGCCAGAUCUCGACGACUUAGCAGAAACGUCCGGUCCGCAUGUUUCUCGUUCCGGCUCAACACGUAGUUCAGAUCUGCUAGGAGAAAACGAAUCUCGGAAUCCGGCAUCCACUGUUCCUGAACCUACCGAAGUGGGUACGCACAUGUCGCCUAAGCACCCUUCUACUAAUGGUUUGCCGGAUCGAGCUGCCCCUGCAGCGGCCAAGGAACACGAGUCAGCGGUUUCAAAGUCGAAUGAGACGGUUGAAAGAGAUUCCAAUAUCUCUGAAAGCCCAACCGAAGCACACUCAGGUCCGUCUAUACCAACGAAGCGUCACACAAACCGAGAUUUAGCUAGGAUAGCCCUGGUGUGUGCACAAGGCACAGGUAUGACCGCGUUGGAGAUAAUCGACUGGCUGGCUUUGAGAUUCUCCUACUUGAACAAAGGCCAAGGCGCCUGGGAGAAGAGUCUUAAGUCAGUUCUCUCCCAUCAGCCUGAGUUCUACGGCGUGAAGCCUUCAGGACGGCCAUAUGAACGGGUUGUGUACAACUUCACCAGCACAGCCAAUAGGGCGAAAUACGAGGAAGAGUACCACAAGUAUCUUCCUUUGGCUCCAGUACCGGGACCCCAGGACGGUCACGGGAAGGCUAGGAAGAGCACACUACAGCGUGCUGCAUCGGACAAUGUCGUGCAACACGAGGAAAUCCAGGAUGAACAACCAACUCAACCCAAGAGAAGAAUUACCAGAGCUAUCAAGAGUGCACCAAGCCGUCGGAAUGCUAUAACUCACGAUUACCUACCGCCACCAUUGAUGAAGGAGGUUACUACAGAUGCUGAACCAGGAUUCAACCCGUUCGAGCGUGCUACUGUCUCACGUCCAACAAGGGCGCCUUCCGACGAUCUGGAGGCCCAACGCGGAACGGACUUCCGUAGUGCAUAUUCGCCCAACACAGUGCCCUCCAUUGAGACCAUGACUUCGGAAGAGAAGGCUGCAAAGAUUGAAGAGAUCAAGGCCAGGCCAUCACGGAAGCAAUUCUUUGGCGCGAACUGGCGUUUGGCACACGUGCGAAAAUACGGGCGGGAGGAUAUUCAUGAUGAAAGCGAAGGUGCAUGGAAGCCUCACCACACAACGGAGAGAUCGACGGCGGAUCGCAACUCUGCUCCGAACGAUCGCGAUGAGAACCAGUCUUUGUUACAGGUCUUCAAUCUUCCGACCAAUACUCGCCCUUUCAGUGACGGCAACGAGCUGGUUUUUCGGAAUACCACGUUGGUUAAUGGUCGACUGCCCCGGUCGCGGCAGGCAUAUCGAGUGGGCAAAGUGUUUGGGGGAGAGCUCACCAUCAACUGA